AAAGAGCCAAAGAGGACGGAUCUGGACAGUGGUACACUUAACACUAGUACUACUAGUCUUAGUAGUCUACCGGAACUCGUGGAACGAGUAGAAGUUGAAGUGUGGAACUCUAAAAUCCGAAUGGAACAAAGGCACAAAGCUAUCAAAGACUCAAAGCAAAUAAGCAACAAUAUCCAAAUAUUGUUUGGUGAAAGUUUGCCAUCCCAAAUUAAAACACAUCCAACUCCAUUGAUGAUAAUUGAGAGAGCAAUCAACGUGAAACAUGGUACGGCAGAUCAAAACAAAGAACAAGUCCAGCAAUUUUAUACGUGGCACAAUUCUUGUGUCUCACGAG